AUGUCUGGUCUCCCAUCUGAUGAGGUCGCUGAAGAUUAUAAGGGGUCGCUGGAGGAUCUUAUGACCAAUGACAGAUAUCAGAUUUCCAAUCUGACUUUGAUCGCCAAGGAGAAUACCGAGCAUGCUGAGGCCAUCUCCCGUGUGCUGCAGAAUCAUAUCAAUCGAGCACCUCCGGCACGAAAACUUCCCGCUUUGUACGUCUUGGAUUCGAUAGCGAAGAACGUCGGGUCGCCAUACACGAUCUACUUCGGUCGCAAUCUCCAUCAGACAUUCAUGCAUGCCUACUCUCAAGUGGACACCAAUGUUCGCCGGAAGCUUGAGGAGAUGCUGAAGACCUGGCGAGAACCAGUGCCGGGCGCACUGUCUACUACUCCGGUCUUUCCUAUAUCCAGCACACAGAGUAUUGUCGACAAUCUCAACAAAUUCCGAGCUGCGACGGCGGCCAAUUCCCGCUUUCAAACAACGCCAAUCCAAGGUGCUCCUGCGAGAGUCGCGUCGACCCAACAACCCUAUCGGCAAACCGCGACACCCCCUCAGACAUCUAUUCAAUAUCCUCCGGCCUUACCAACCCAUAUCCGAAGCCCGCAACCACAUUCAGUGACGCCGACAAUCCCAGGACAGUCGUAUAGUCAAGCACCAUUAGCUUCAUACGUCCAGCAAUAUUCUUCACAAUCAGCACCUUAUUAUCAUCCACCCCAGCCAGUCCAAGCAGCAACGACAACUCAAUACGGAGCCGCCCUAAUACCCCAAUAUCCAAUCCCUUCUGCAGGACAUGCUCCUUCUUCCGGACCAGUGGACAUACAAAAGCUGCACGUCGACAUUGAUGACCUGACCACCGAUGCAAAAAUUGAAUGUGCAACCCAUCCGAUGGACCAAGCAGCGCAACGUCAUCUGACCACCCUACAAACACUCAAGGAGAUUUUGGAGAGUGGCAGCACAUCUGAGGAAGACUUGAUCAAUAUCAGGAACACCAUCAUGAAGCAGAUGGCCGACAAAUUGGCAGCCGGUCGAAGUUCUUCAACACCAGCAACAGCUGCAGCUCCCACCCACAUUCAGCAACAGUAUGUAAUCUCACCACCUCAGCCCCUACCCACGCCGGCACCACCAGCGCCAUCUAUUUUUAACACCACCAAUCUCGCCGAGCUACUGCGACUCACUGCCAAUCAACAGGAGCAGCACCGCGCGGCACCUCAGUCUACGCUCUACUCGCAACCUCAUUCGGGUGUCGCCACUCCUUUGCUGUCCGGGGCUGCUCCUCCUGUUGCGCCUGCACCAGUCACGGAAAAUCCACUUUUAGCACAACUGCGAGCAUCAGGUUUGUUGUCUAUGGCCCCAACGCCACCUCAAGGUCUCACGCCGCCGUUGUCGUCGCUAAAUACCUUGGCAACUGAUGCUCGCAUUGAAGUGAGUCUCUCUUCAGCUGCACUCAAGAUCCCGCGACCUUAUCUGAUCCAAACCUUUCUGAAUGCGCGACCCAACCAGUGCAGUACGUGUGGCCGAAGAUUUACUUCUGAUGAAAUUGGCCGAGCAAAGAAAGCAGCACAUCUUGAUUGGCAUUUCAAAACCAAGGAGCGGAUGUUGGAGGCGGAGAAAAGAGGCCAGAACCGGAGUUGGUAUGUUGACGAAAGAGACUGGAUUGCCAGCAAAGAGUAUGAAGACGAUACCGGACCGGCGGAUGCAAACGGGGCGCCAGUGAACGGGGCGCCGGCCACUGCGAAGAAAAAGGUUGACUUUGUUCGAGCACCAACCGAUCCGAUGUUACGAUCACUACCAUGUCCAAUCGACCAAGAACCCUUCAAGAGUGAAUGGAGUGAGGAGGUACAGGACUUUAUUUGGAAAGAUGCUAUUCAUGUCGGCGGGCGGUAUUAUCAUGCAAGCUGCUAUGCGGAAAUCACCAGAGGGCGAGAAAAGGACGGAGCUUCAACACCGGCAGCGGGGGGAAUUGGGCGGACUGCCACACCAGACUCUGUGCUAGGAAAGCGGAAGGCAGAGGCAAGUCUGCGGUGA